AUGUCAAUGCAUGAAGAUGAUCCCUUGGGACCACCUAAGAAUACACAAGGUUUGGAUUUGUCUAAAUUAUCCCCACAAGAAUUAAGAAUUUACAAAAUGUACGGGAAAUUGCCCACGACUCAGCAAAUAUUGACAUCCAAAUUUCACGAUAAGAAAUACUUUGAUAGUGGAGACUAUGCCAUGCAAAAGCAGAUGGGGUCUUCGAAUAAGGGUAUUCCAGGCGGAAUACCUAUGAAACACCCAAAUGCGGAGAAAGUGAAAGAAAUCUAUAAUAGAAACUCGAUAAGUGGCAGUAACGCGGGUAUUUUGUAUAACGGUAAGCUGAGUUUGCUUAAUGAAUCGACACCUAAUAGCGCAGGAAUAGAGGAGGAAGAAGGCGAGGUAUCAAAAUGA